GUGUCUCUGGGUGGUCCUCGUGGAUAAAUGAACAUUCUCCAGUGGGCACUGAUGGUGAUAAUGAGAAGAUGAGUAAAGAAGAACUUGCCAAGUUUUGCCCCAAUGGAAAAAUCACAGACAUCCAGUGUAUUGACGCACAAACUGGAGAUGAUUCAACCAGUCUGGCCGAAGCUUCCUGUACUGUGGAGGGAGGACUUUCAUGUACAAGCCUUCCUUUCCCUGGCAUCCCUCCUUGUCAUGACUACAAGAUCAGAUACAUGUGCUCCUGUUCAGAUGCUGUGACAGCCACCCCUGUACCCCCAGUGUCUGUUACUCCGAAUCAGAAGAUACAGGUGAAUUGUGACUGGUCACCAUGGCUUAAUGCCGACAGUCCAGAUGUUGGAAAUGGUGAUAUGGAAACACUGACAGAAAUUAGACGCACUUUUGGAGUUUGUCCCACUAUUGCUGACAUUGAGUGUCGGGUGGCUGGCUCGCCAACAUUGUUCUCACAGGCGGGUCAAGAUAGGCUUAUGUGUGAUGUUUUGAAUGGGUUCAGAUGCUUCAACAAUGAACAGAAAGAUGGCCAGUGCUUGGAUUAUGAAGUGAGAGUUUUAUGCUGGGGCCAGCAAUGUACAGGUCCAACACCAACACCUCCUCUAGACCCAACUAUGGGACCACAGACCACACUGCCAACAGAUGAAGCAAAACGAACCACAGGUUCUUGUCCCCCGGGAGAGGAAUGGCAGUCAUGUGCCUUCAACUGUGAAGAAGUUUGCGACUUUAUGGGCCGCUCCAGUGGUGCCUGCCAGGGCAUUCUUACCCAAGAAGACAAUUGCAUUCCUGGAUGCAGACCUCCACCUGAGCUACCUCGCACUCAAUGUGGGCUUAAUGAAAGGCUCAUUGAACCUGGUGUUUGUGUGCCAAAAGAGAUGUGUACUUGCUUGAAACCGGAUGGAACUGUUGCAAAGCCUUUUGAAAUGUGGGACAACCCAGAGCGUGAGUGCUCUAGCUGCAGCUGUUUCAAUGGAGAAGUCAUCUGUGGCAGCAUGGAUGGAUGUAGCACAACCCCUCCUCCUCCCGGACAGACAGUGGCACCAUUGCCUCCAGUAUGUGGCUGGAGUGAAUGGAUGAAUGAAAACAAGCCAAGUUUAGGUUCUGGUGGUGAUAUGGAGCUGCUAUCAGCUCUGAGGCCGAGGUAUAAUCUAUGUGAUCGCCCAGUGAGGAUAAUGUGCCGAGAUGUAGCUCUGAAAAAAGAGGCAGCAGAUUCUGGGCAAGUGGUGACUUGUGACGUGAAUGAAGGCCUCAAGUGCUUUGAUUACAACAACCCUGGGAGAUGCGAUGACUAUGAGAUCAGUGUUUACUGUGCAUGUACUCCAACGCCAGCUCCGAAUGAAAGCGGUCUUGGUUCUCCAACUCCCAAACCAUCUCCCUCGUGCACGUCUGGGUGGUCAGCUUGGAUCAACAGAAACUCACCAAUAGGCUCCAAUGGGGACCAGGAGAAGAUGACCCCUGAGGAAUUGUCCAAGUUUUGCCCAGGUGGAGCUAUCACAGAUAUCCAGUGUGUUGAUUCAGAUACGUUGGAUGAUUCCACCAGUCUGGCAGAAGCAACGUGUUCUGUGGAGGAUGGACUUUCUUGUACAAACAUUGAUUUCAUUCCUCCUUGCAGAGAUUACAAGAUUCGAUACAUGUGUAACUGUUCAGGCGCUCAGCCUACUCCGUCCCCCCAGGGAACUGUGCUCUCCACUUCAAAGCUGCUCUCAUCAAGUAGUACAAGAGGACCCAGCACUCCUGCACCACAACCAGUAUCUGUCAUUACCACAACCCCUGGACCUGCUCAAGCUUGUACACCAGGCUGGUCUUCUUGGAUCAACCAAAAUUCUCCUGUUGGCACUGAUGGUGAUUAUGAAAAGAUGACCAAAGCUGAACUGUCCGCCUUCUGUCCAAAUGGUCAAGUGACAGAUAUUGAGUGUGUAGAUUCAGACACUGGUGAUGACGCUACCAGCCUUGCUGAAGCUGAAUGUAACUUGGAAGAUGGUCUGUCAUGCACCAACAUUCCGUUCGAUGGAAUCCCUCCAUGCAGAGACUAUCAGAUCAGAUACAAGUGCAACUGCUCUGGCGCUCAGCCUACUCCGUCACCCCAGGGAACUGUGCUCUCCACUUCAAAGCUGCUCUCAUCAAGUAGUACAAGAGGACCCAGCACUCCUGCACCACAACCAGUAUCUGUCAUUACCACAACCCCUGGACCUGCUCAAGCUUGUACACCAGGCUGGUCUUCUUGGAUCAACCAAAAUUCUCCUGUUGGCACUAAUGGUGAUUAUGAAAAGAUGACCAAAGCUGAACUGUCCACCUUCUGUCCAAAUGGUCAAGUGACGGAUAUUGAAUGUGUAGAUUCAGACACUGGUGAUGACGCUACCAGCCUUGCUGAAGCUGAAUGUAACUUGGAAGAUGGUCUGUCAUGCACCAACAUUCCGUUCGAUGGAAUCCCUCCAUGCAGAGACUAUCAGAUCAGAUACAAGUGCAACUGCUCUGGCGUUACGUCUUCCCCAUCAAGUGUCGGAACAUAUAACAAUCCAAGCUCAACACCUUUGUCAAACUCCCCUGUGUGUGGCUGGACCAUGUGGAUGAAUGGGCACACCCCAAGUCCUGUGGGAGAGGAGGAGAGCUUCACCAGCUUGAGGCAGAAGUAUGCUUUCUGUCAAACGUCUGACAUUACUGCAAUUGAGUGUAGGGAUGCUGCUACAGGGAAAUCUGCUCAAGAAAUGGGCCAGGUGAACGUGGUGUGUGACAACAACUACAGUGGCCUGAAAUGCUUGAACGCUGACCAGCCCAAUGGACAGUGCUUGGACUAUGAGGUCAGAUUCCUCUGUGAACCGAAAGGUGCUAGCUGCAAGCCAAAUGCAUUUACAAAUGGUCCGUUGCCUGGAAGUACAACCACAGAUUCACCUGUACUUGCUGGCAGUCCCACUUGUACAUCUGGCUGGUCUAACUGGGUCAAUGAGAAUUCUCCUAUAGGAAGUGAUGGUGACAAAGAAAAAAUGACAGCUGAUGAACUGAGAAACUUUUGCCCUGGAGGAAGCAUUACAGAUAUUAACUGCGUAGAUUCUGAUACUUUGGACGAUUCUGCAAGUUUGGCUGAAGCCUCUUGCACAGUGGAAGAUGGUCUGUCAUGCAAAAAUGACCCAAUCAUAGGCAUUCCUUGUCGAGAUUACAAAAUCAGAUACAUGUGCAAUUGUUCAAGUUCUACCAGUCAUUCAGUGGGAAAACGUAGUGUGCAUCAUCUUGCGGAUGCUCUGCCUUCUUCAAACAUUCCAGUGGAAUGCCUUUCGAACAUGGGACUUAGGAGCGGCCUCGUGCGCAACAACAUGAUUACAGCUUCAUCAUUCAGGGACACUUACCACUCACCACAAAUGGCUCGAUUGGAUUCACAAGGCAGCUGGUUGGCAGCCAUUGAUGACUUGAAUCAGUAUAUUCAGGUGGACUUUUUGACGCCAGUCUACCUGACAGGUCUAACAACACAAGGACGACCUGAUGCUCCAUCUUUCGUUAAAUCAUAUAGAAUUCUGCACAGUCUUGAUGGUAUCAACUGGAACCCUUAUCAGGAACAAAGAGGCAUUGAUAUGAUUUUCGAAGGCAAUACAGAUAUUUUUACACCUGUUAAAGUUCUGUUCAAGCAUCCAGUUUUGACAAGACUGUUGCGCAUUCAGCCAGUGUCUUGGCAUGGAAGGAUUGCCAUGAGAUUUGAAGUUCAUGGUUGUUCCACGGAGUAUCCUUUGACAGCACCAUUACAACUGGACUCACAGAUGUCUCAGAUGUCUGAGCCGACUGAGGAUCUGGAUAAAUGCAUUGUGUGGGAUGACUGGCAAGAUUUAUCUCAGCCUGGACUAACUAGCAAGAAUGACAUUGAGCCCAUUGAAGAUCUAGUGAGGAUGUCUCCUUCAUGCAAAGACCCUGUCCAGAUUGAGUGCCGAACAGCUACCCCUGAUCUCAAACCUGCCCAAAAUAGUGGUCAGAAUGUUGUCUGCAAUCUCUGGGAUGGUCUGCGUUGCACAGCCGAUAAGGCUAAUACUUCAAUGUGCUAUAACUAUGAGGCCCGCCUUGGCUGCUGGAAGUCUACUGCAGAAUGUUUGUCCAAAAGGUCCACUGAACCGAAGAAAGUAUCGUCAGCAUUGAGAGAAGCAAGGAUGUGCUUCUCUGGCAUGGAUUCUACUCACUGUCCCCACAUGGGCUGUGCAAAUGGCUUGUAUUGCAACGGUGUCAAAUGUGUUCCAAGAAAUGAGUGUCCAUGCAUGGUUGAUGAUACAGUUAUCAGACCGGGAGCUGUUGUUCGAAAUAAAGACUGUGAAACAUGUCAGUGUAUUGGAGGAGAAGUUCUUUGCAUGCCAAAAGUCUGCCCAGCCUGUCAGGUGGGAGAGUCCCAGCUGAACAAAGAGACAUGUAGCUGUCAGUGCAAUACCUGCAGCUCCGGGGAGUUCCAGUGUGCCACUGGAUUGUGCAUUCCGGCAGAGAAGCGUUGUGACGGUGUCAUUGAUUGUGCUGAUGAUGAGCACAAUUGUGCACAUACAGCUAUUUUUGUUCGCAAAGUACAGCCUGAAAAAAGAAAAGGUCAAACAAUGUGCCACUACACUAUGGGUAAUGGUCCUGUGAAUUUCAAGGUGGGUGACAGCUGGCAAGAUGGAUUGUGCAAAUUGUGCACUUGCAAGCUGACUGCGAAAGGAACUGCUGAAUCAGUAUGUGAUGCUCCAGCCUGUCCAAAAUGCCAGCAUGGGGAGGUCCAGGUUCCUGUCUCUGGUCAGUGCUGUGGGCAGUGUGUAGCUGCUGGGUGUAAAGCCAAUGGAAAUGUAUAUAAGGUUGGAGAAGUUAUACCUGGUGCUCGAAAGUGCUUCACAAAGACAUGCCAGCAUGAUUCAGUGGAAGGUCACUACUUUGUUCAAGAGUCACAAAUUGAAUGCCCAAAAUUGGAUACUCUAAAAACUUGCACAGAUGUAGCAGACAUGUUGGACUCAGAUGGCUGUUGCUUGAAGUGCAUUCCACAAAGUAUUACUCCAGCUGAAAUUCCAUGUGAAUCUUGCAAGCCUCAGUUGAUGUUUGAAGAUCCAGAGAAGUCUGUUGGAUUCAUCAAAUUGUCAAAGCCUAAUGGUGUUCAAUGUGAGAAUACAAAGCCAAUCAGAGACCUUCAAGAAUGUUCUGGCUUCUGUGAGUCAAAGGAUCGCUAUACUGAAACUGGAUUCCAGCUAAGCAGACGAUGUUGUCAAGCUCAAAACAAAAGCACCCAAGUUGUAAAGCUUCACUGUUCUGAUGGAACAUUCUUGAGCCACGAAUUGGACAUACCACAGACAUGUAGCUGUAGUGCAUGCUGAAUAACUCCUUCAACAAUAGGAAAGGAACAUUUUAUUGAGUUUUUGUUAAAUCAUUGGAGACAUGACUGAUGAAAGGCAUGCUGUGAACGAUGACUUGUUGAAAUAAAAUGUUGCAUUGUUA